AUGCUGCCAUCCGCUCUCCUCUUCGCCUCGCUCGCCGCCGACGUGGAGCUGCUGCGCGGGAGCUCCGAGCAGCUCAAGGCGGUCUUCUUCUCGGGCGAGCCGUGGCUCGUCCACUGCGCCACGCGUGCCGAGCUCGCCGCCGCGGCCAAGGACGAAGGCGCGGAGGCGCUCCUCCCGGCGGUCGUCCGCGCGGCGGCGCCGCGGCUGCCGGACGAGGUCAGAGUGGGCGUGCUCGACUGCAGCAAGAAGCUGCCCUCGGGCAAGACGACGCUCCAGCGCUUCAAGCUCGACGGCUCGCUCUCGCCGACGCUCGUGCUCGUCGCAAACGGCCGCGCGCCGAGGCAGGUCACCUCCGCGCUCCUCUCCAAGCACGGCUCCUCGUCCGCCCUCUUUCCGACGCCGCGGCAGCAGGCGGCGGCGCUGGUGAGCUUCGUGGCCGCCGCCAUCGAGCCGCGCGUCGCCGCGCUCUCCAAGACGGAGCACCUGACCGCGCACUGCCUGCGCCGGAAGCUGUGCGCGGUGGUCAUGUCCGACGGCGAGCUCAAGGGCGCCGCCGCGCGCACGCUGCAGCGGCUGCUCAAAGAGUAUCGCGCCGUCUCGUUUGUGACGGUCAACACGGCGCGGUACGACUUUUCGCUCUCCAAGCUGAUGCCCACCGCCGCCGACGGCGCGGCGGGAGGCAAGGACAAGGGAGGCAAGGACAAGGGAGGCAAGGACAAGGGAGGCAAGGACAAGGGAGGCAGGGACAAGGCCGAGCCGCGGCUGCUGGCGGUGCGGUCGUCCACCGUCGGCGGCGGCGACAAGAGCAGCAAGGAGAAGGGGCAGCAAAAGAUGAGCGUGCUGGCAAAGGCGCACCGCGACGCAUUCUCGCUCGAGCCGCUGCGUGCCUUCCUCGCGGACCACGUCGCGGAGGCGCUCGAGAUGAAGCCGCUCCGCCGGCUGCCCCAAAUCAAGUGGAGAAAGCAGGCGUCCGCCUCGGACGGCGGCGGCAGCGGUGGCGGAGGAGGCGGCGGCGGCGGCAAGAAGAGCGCCGCGUCCGGCAAAGCGGCGGGCGGGAGCAAGCGGCGCGGCGGGGAGGCGGGCGGCGGCCGCAAAGGCGGCGAGAGGCGCCGCGACGGCGGGCAGAGCUCCGCUGGAGGGGGGGGCGGAGGCGGGGGCGCGGACUCGCGCGAGGCGGAGGCGCGCCGGAGACAGAGGAUGGCGGAGGAGGAGGAGGAGUACCUGCGGGGCAUGUUCGAUGCGGAGGGGGGCGGGGAGGGGGCGGAGGAGGAGGAGGGGGCGGAGGAGGAGGAGGAGGGGCUCGAUUUCGACGACGAGGAGGAGGCGGGCGAGGAGGUGGACGGGGAGGGCGUCGGCGGGGGCGCCGAGUUUGGGUUCGAGGAGGAGGAUGACGACGAGACAGGGAGCCUAAAGGAGGACUUGUGA